AAGAAAACAAAAACAAAACAAAAAUGGCAGAAAGAAAACUAAAAGAAACAUUCUGAAACAGACAAACAGAGAGAGAAAUAAGACUCAGAAGAGAGAGAGAGAAAGCAACAGACAAUAACCAUAAGUUUUCUUUACCGUCAACAGGUGGAGCUGAAGGUGGUCUCGGCGCUGUCCGUCCGCGUGACGCCCCCCGUCGCUUGUGGUGGACGCCGGGGCUGCCGCGCAUCUCACCUGCGUCAUCUCAGGAUCUCCGGUGAACCAAGUGACGUGGCUGAAGGACGGAGCCAUCCUACGUCCGGGCGCCCGCAUCAGGAUGCCCGACAGCAAUGGGCGUGUCCUGAGGGUGGAGGGCGUGAGUGUGGCGGAUGUGGGCGUGUACCAGUGCCGAGCCGAAGGACACCAGGACUCGGCCCUUGGGACGUCGGUGAUCACGCUCGGAGACACGCUGCCGGUCCUGAAAUACAGGUUCAUCGAGCAGACGCUUCAGCCGGGCCCUUCGGUGAGCCUGAAGUGCAUCGCCGCCGGGAGUCCCACGCCCUCGGUGUCCUGGAGUCUUGACGGCUUCCCUGUCAGGCACUCUGAGAGACUCGUCUUGGGCCAGUACGUCAGCGUAGACGGCGACGUUAUUUCCCACGUCAACAUCAGCAACGUCGCAGCGGUUGACGGGGGUCUGUAUCAGUGCUCCGCCACCAACGCCGUCGGUAGUCUCAUUCACGCGGCUCGUCUCAAUGUGUAUGGAGUGCCUGUAGUGAGAGCCAUGGGCGAGGUGACAGCAGUAGCGGGUGAGAGACUCGUCUUGACCUGCCCUGUGGGAGGCUACCCCAUCCACACGCGCAAGUGGUUCAAAGAAGGAACGCAGUUACCAGUGAGCCGCCGGCAGAUCGUGCAUCCAAACGGCUCCCUCGUCAUCGACAACGUGCAACGGAAGACGGACGGCGGAAGCUACUCCUGCACGGCCUCCACGAGACACGGCGACACGAGCACCCAGUCCGUGCAGGUCAAGGUUCUCGGUACGUUAGUGGGUUUUAGAGCCGACUGCCUGCUAAUGUGCACAGUGCCGCCGCGCAUCCUGCCCUUCAACCAAGACCACCACCUGUCGGAGGGCAACCGGCUGACGCUGACCUGCGCCGUGACGGAGGGCGACCUGCCGCUGCGCAUCACGUGGUACAAGGACGGCGUGAAGCUGGAGGGCCAGCCGCACAUCACGCUGCGCGCCUGGGACGACUUCAACAACCACCUGGGCAUCGCGCACGUGCUGCCCCGCCACGCCGGUAACUACACUUGCGAGGCCUCCAACCGCGCCGCCUCCGACCGACAGACGGCGUCGCUCUUCGUAAACGGUAAUUGCCCCCCCUUUCCGGUCCCCUAAUGCCCCCUCUGUGUUUCAGUGCCCCCCAGGAUAGGCCCCUUUUCCUUCCGGAGCAACGCGGCCGCCGGCAUCCGCGUGCAGGUGAGCUGCGGCCUCGAGCAGGGCGACCUCCCCGUAACCUUCCGCUGGCUCAAGGACGGCACGCCCUUCACGGACAGCCGUUUCCUGGACGCCGUGGACCCGCUGCGCCGCGGGCCGGCCGCCGACCUGGCCCUCGAGGUGCGCCAGCUCGAUGCCUACUCCAGCAUCCUUAUCAUCCCGCACCUGAGCGCCGCCCACGCCGGUAACUACACGUGCGAAGCCACCAACGCCGCCCGCAGCGCCUCCUUCACGGCCCCGCUCACCGUCAGCGGUAACGUAGACCCGCCGCCAGCUGUCUCCGCACUUCCACGCCCGUUCUGCACCACUCAGACAACGCCGUUGCUCAUGGCGUCCUGCCGGCCGUUGUCGCGGUUGUUGCAUGGUGCCGUAGGGGUAGAGACGCCGCACUGCACCGUAGUAGCUUUUCACCGCACCGGCCGCCCACCGCCCACCGCCCGUGCACCACACCCGCACCGCCGCGCGGGGCUCCACACCCCAAACCCCGCCCACACACUAACGCCCGUUUCCAUCAAACCGCCCACAGUUCCCCCUCGGUGGGUGACAGAACCAGCUGACGUCAGUGUGGCCCGUGGGCGUGAUGUGGUUCUCCCGUGCCAGACCGAGGGCUUCCCGCCGCCCACGGUUGUCUGGAGAAAAGCUCAUGCAUCCUUGCCUACAGGAAACGCCCCGGGGACCUAUCGCGACCUGCUAGGAACCCCAGGCGUCCAGCAGCUCGCCAACGGCUCCCUGUUCCUGACGCAGGUGACGAAGGAGGAUGAGGGAAGGUACCUGUGCGAGGCCACCAACACCAUUGGCGCCGGGCUGAGCAAGGUUGUCAAGAUCACUGUUAAUGCCCCCCCGAGGUUCAGUAGCCACAGAGAGAACGUGAGCGUGGGCAGCGGGACCAACGCCAUCCUACGGUGUCCUGUCUCGGGGGACCAGCCUAUGAAGGUGUCCUGGCAUAAGGAUGGGAGGAUCGUCACCCCGUCGGAAUCCUACAGACACGAACUCCGCGAAUCGGCUGUGGGCGGCGGUGGGCGUCUCGGCGAGGAGGAAAGACUCUUGGAACUGGUGGUAAAGGGCGUGGCCAGAGAGGACGGAGGGGAGUAUACCUGCACGGCUGACAACGCCCACGGACACGCCUCCAUGACGGUGAUUCUCCUCGUGCAAGAACCGCCGGAUCUUCCCCGUUCCCUUCACAUCCUCGAGAAAGGUGCGAGAUACGUGAAACUCGCCUGGGAAGCUCCACAAGACGGCAAUUCUCCUAUAACGAAGUACACGCUUCGCUACACCCGUCUUUCAGGCUGGCAGCAGCAAGGCCUUUUGGAGAACCACGGCGAGCUCGAGGUUUCCGUGGGCGGAGGAGAGACGGAAGCUCGGGUGGACAAACUCACGCCCGCGACUCAGUAUCUCUUCACUCUCUACGCCCACAAUGCUAUGGGUCCUUCUAAACCUUCUGAGGCCCUCCAAGUGACAACGGAAGGAGAGGCCCCAGGAGCGCCGCCAAGGGACGUCGAGGUUUCCGCCGCCUCCUCCAGUAGCCUGAAGGUGUCGUGGCUUCCUCCGGAUCCUUCGAGUCAACACGGGAGGAUUCUUGCCUACUACAUCGGCUACGGACAGGCUGGAGUGUCUAGCGACCAGUACAAAGUCGUCACAGUGGAAGUCGACACGUGGGCCUCCUCACCAUCCAUCUCCUCCUCCUCCUCCUCUUCCUCCUCUUCCUCCUCCUCGUCCUCCUCGUCUCCCACGUCCUCGUCUGCCCUGGGUACGUGCUGCUCGGCCCUGAUCUCGGACCUGAUGCCCCACACACAGUACGUGGUCGAGGUUCAGGCUGUCAAUGCCCAGGGUGCCGGCCCAGCCUCCAUUACUGUUACGAGUUCAACGCUAGAGGACGUGCCCUCUGCCGCCCCUACUGCCCUCCGAUGCGCGCCCAUGACCGCCCACAGUGUGCUGGUGUCGUGGGACCCUCUCGCGCCCACUCUCGCCCGUGGGGAAUUACUGGGUUAUCGAGUCCUCUACGCCCCCGCUGAGAGAACGAGCGAGUUGAGCGGAGAAACGACCAAUUCGGUGAGCGUGGCUUUGCGUGGCUUACGACCCUACACUAACUACUCACUGCAGGUCGUCGCGUUUACAAGAGUUGGGGAUGGCCCUGCGAGCGACCCCGUUUUCUGUUCGACUGAAGAAGAUGUCCCGGGACCUCCAGCGGGCGUGAAGGCAGCGGUCUCUGGGCGGGGGACGAUGGUGGUGUCUUGGCUGCCGCCCACGAACAGCAAUGGGCGGCUUCUGACCUACACUGUCACCACCAGGGGCAGAGACGUCAAGAGGGCCGUUGUGCGUGCCCCUUCCACCAGACACGAGGUGGUCCUUCCUUCGAGCUCCGGCAGCAUUCAAGUGUCUGUGGCUGCGAGCACACGGGUAGGAGAGGGACCCCCUUCGCCACCCGUCACCAUAGCACUGUCCACUACAGUGCCAGCGCGGGUGGUGUCCUGGGGCGGUGUGACGGGCGUGCACUGGGAGGAGGACGUGAGCUUGAGGUGCGAGGCCGUCGGAAUUCCGCCACCUGGAAGGACUUGGUACCGGGAUAACAUCAUCAUCAACGACGCUACGAAUAAGAGAGUAUCUAGUUACCCGGAUGGAACACUGGUGUUGCGGGAUGUCCAGCGGAAAGGACUCGGGAAACUAUACAUGCAGAGUGACCAACGCACAUGGAGAAGAUCAUAUUACGUAUGUGCUGAGUGUCCAAGUGCCCCCUCAGCCCCCCCAAAUCCACGUGACCCGGACGGGCGCCACGACGCUAACAGUGGCGUGGCGGACGGGCGACAGCGGGGGCGCACCGUUGCUCGGGCUCACCAUUUCGUACAAACGGGACUACGGCGAGUGGCAGGAGGAGACGGUGCCGCCCACGCAGACGUCUCACGAGCUGAGGGGCCUGGCGUGCGGGAACCAUUACGAUCUGUACGUCACGGCAUUUGUUCCUACAGAAAUAGAGAAAACAAAAAAGGUGUUGUUUCCAGCACUGGGAAAAAAAACAAUCGAUUCAUAAAUGUCUUUUCAAACGCACCACCACAGGUAGGAGACGGACGCCCUUCAGAGAAUCUCCGCACGAAAACAGCCGGGUCCCCACCCCUCACAGGAGGGCGUGAGGGCGUGGUCGUCGCCAACACCUCGUGGGCGGCGGUGAGUCUGGCCAAGUGGAGUGACGGUGGGUGUCCUAUUAGCCAUUAUAGCGUGGCUUAUCGGCGCAGCAGCAGCACUACCUGGGUCGUAGUAUCUGAGACGGUGGACGGAAGUAGGCCUGUAGAAUUAGGAGGCCUAAACCCUUCUACUGCCUACGUGGUGAGUGUGACCGCCCACAAUUCUGCUGGGAGCACAGUGCAGGAGUACCCUUUCACCACAGCUGCACUCAACGGAGGACCUUCUUCUCCCGGUUUAGUCAUGGAUGGCGUGUACUUGACGGAUGUACGUGUCUUGCUUCCUGUCGUGGCUUCGUCGUUAGCUCUCCUGGCCACCGUCAUCACCGUCUGCGUCUGCGUCAGGAGGAACAUUGAGUGCAAUCGGCCAACCUCAUCUCCGAGGCCACAACCGCCGUCACCCCAUGAGCGGAGGCCGACCACCCGCGGCGGGUGA